AUGAAUUUGGGUCCAAGGUAUUUAAAAGACCUAUCACAAGCCUUAAUAAUGAAUAAUCCAAGAGAAAAAAAUGCUCAAACACGCUUAACAAAAAAUUAUGAAAAAGAUGAACCAGAUUUUGAGAUCCCAUCAUCGUCUGACACAUCAAGUUCAGAAGCAGUAGAAGAAGUGGAACCUGAACUUCCUUCGAUUAUUAUCCAUCAAAAUGUUGUAAUUCGUCCCAGAAACGCUAUAACUUCAGAUUCAAAUAAUAACAAUAAUAAUGUUAUUGCUUUGGUUACCGAAAUUGUCGAUAACAUGAUUGAUGCUGCAAUUGAGCAAUCCGAAAACCGAGAAGCCAGUUUAUAUACAAAAACAGGACAGCUCCGAAAACGCAGAAAAUUCAGUACGACUUUAGAAAGCAGAAAAAAAAACAAAGUCGAAGAUAAAAAAAAUAAGCAUUUAUUGAAAAAUCCAUGUGCAAGAAAUGCUGUACCAAAAAAAUUUCAGAAGAACAACGUGCAAAUAUAA